UCUUAUAGCUCACACUUCUUUGUUACCUUGAAAUCACACUCUCACUAGUGCCUAAACCUUUCCUUUUGUUCUUGUUUGAUCUUAUAACCUUCUUCCUUAAAUCCUUACCUAUCCGAGUCUUAGUUUCACAAUUAGCGUAGAAUCUAAACUAUAGCAUUAUAUGAUAAAUCCAAACAUGUGUCUCUUAGAUUUGGAAUUAUUGUCUCUUAGAUUUGCUUUCCUUUUAAAGUAGGCCUCUCAACCUCCUCCCUCAUCAUUUUUUGAGUUAUCAAUUUCCUUUCAAAAGUGCCUCUUAGAUUCCAACAAACUUGGACUUGUUCAGCUUGACUUAUCAAAAAGCAACUCCAAUCAAUCUAGUUCUUCCUGUCUCCUCCACCUUAAUUACUGUCCAAGCAAUCAUGUCCUCAGCUGGUGAUGAUGAUGAUGCCAACAUUGAACUUGGUGCUACCUUUCUCCUCACCACCACUAGCACUAGCAGAAACAGCAAGUACAGCAAGAUAUGGCGUAGAACCUCCUUAAACAUAAGCUUCCUCAUCUCUUUGAAGAAGUCAACAUCUGCUAAUGAGUCUCCUCCACCAUCACCACUUUCUUCAGUGCCAUACACCUCAUUGUCUCCCUCUGAGCCUCCAGCUAGAACCUCCUCUUCCAAAUCUUGUGUUGAAAUUGAUGUAGAGGAAGGAGAAGAAGAUGCAGAAGAAGGGCACAUUAGGAAUGAUAUUGCAAGGAUUGUGAAGGAGAAGGACUUGAAAUCACUGAAUGACCUUGGUGGGGUCAACCGUGUGUGUGAUGUUCUUCAUGAUCAACGCCGACACUCAGAGUCAGAGGAGAGCUCUAGUGAGAAUGAGGUCCUUGGUGUGUUGGGCUCCACAGUGCAAGUUCAUGGAACAAGCUUCUCCAGGUUUUUGUUGAUUAGCUUCAAACAGAACCGUUACACAAUUUCAAUGCUAUUGAUUGCAGCUGGAUUGACACUUGCCACAGGGUUCAAGCAAGAGGGAGCUAGAUAUGGUUGGCAUGAUGGUGUUGCUAUAGUUUUUGCUGCUAUGGUCCUGGUUGCAUUCUCUUCAAUAGCAAACUUCUGGCGUCAAAGAGAAAUGAUGAAAUUGGCAAAGAGAAGGGGCAAGUUGGAAUUCACAGUUCAAAGAGGUGAAGGAUGCACAACAAAAGUUGCCAUAUCAGACAUUAAGGUCGGUGACAAGGUGCGUCUGGGGCAGAAUGAUGAGGUUCCAGCAGAUGGUUUGCUUGUAAAUGGUGACAUCCUUGUGAUGGAAGAGGCAACACAAAGCAAAAGAGAUUGUGAGGGGAACCCAUUUCUUGUAGCUGGUUCAAAGGUGCUUGAGGGUCAUGGACUGAUGCUUGUAGCAUCAGUUGGAUCUUUGGCUGAGAUGCCAAGAUCUAUAGGUCUCAAAAUGGGUCAGGCUCGACGGACAGACCCAAAAAUGUGUUGGCUCGCUGCGGGCCGACACCAGCCGGAACUGACACCCCUACAGAGCUCAAUGAGUUACAAUUCUGAAAAGGGAUGCUUGCUGGGGAGUCUAAUUGAGAAGCCAAUUUCAUACAUUGACAAAGCUUCUCUUCUUAUCUUCACCCUGGAUGUGCUUGUAGUUUUCAUUCGCCUAACUUGUAAGAAGGAUGGAGAUAGUAACGGGUUGCCGGAAAUUAAGGGGAAUGUCUCACUUGGCAUGGUGAUGGAAGUCCUUGAGAAAUUAUUUUUGAGACCACCAGGAAGGAUUUUCAUCUUCACAGGUCUUUUCACUGUUGUGGUACUAUGUGUGCAACAUGGUGUGCCACUUAUGGUUACUAUGUCUCUCAAUGACCAGAUUGAUAAGGUAGAAUCAGACCAAGAUGAUGCAGUUCUUCAUGAUUUAUCAGCUUGUACAACAAUGGGGUUGGUAACUGUCAUCUGCAUUGAUGUAUCAGGUGGGCUUAUAUCUAAACCAAUGGAAGUUAGCAGAAUAUGGAUGGGGGAGACAGAGAUCAGCAACAAGGUUGAGGGAUCAGAAACAGAUCUAGUUGUGCUUGAAGUCCUUAAACAAGGAGUUGGUUUAUCAAUUCUUGCACCUGAACUUUCUCUUUCUCCAAUGUCCCGUUCACUUGUUUUUUGGGCAGAAACAGCAUGGGAAAUGAACAUGAAAUCUCUCACAGAAAAUUUUGACAUUCUUAACCACAGAAAUUUGAGUUCUGACAAAGAAGGAAGUGGAGUUUUGGUGAGAAAAGCUGGGGCCAAUGAACAAGCUCUGCACUUACACUGGAGUGGGGCUGCAUCCACAAUAUUGGAAAUGUGCUCACAUUACUAUGAUGGUGAAGGAGAAUGUUGUUCCAUGGAAAAUCAGAAAAUCAAAUUUGGACAGGUGAUUCAAGAGAUGGAGGAGAGUGGCCUAAAACCAAUUGCAUUUGCUCAUAGAGAAACACAGGUGGAAGAACUUGAGCAAGAUGAAUUGAUCUUGAUCGGAUUGAUAGGCCUCAAAUACACAUGCCAAGAAUCAACAAAAGUAGCUUUGAAAAAACUCAGAGAUACUAAAAUAAAGAUCAAAUUGGUCUCAGGGGAUGACAUCAUGUCAGUGAAAGAUAUAGCUUGUGAUCUGGGACUAGGAAUGGAAGAGAUAGAAGGUGGACAUGUUGAAGGCAAACAACUUCAAGAUUUGCAUUGCAAAGCUAGACUAGAGAAAGUGGAUCAAGCCAAUGUAAUGGGAAGUUUCAGCCUUGAAGAUAAGCUUGACAUGGUGCAGUGCUUGCAAGAGAAAGGUCAUGUAGUUGCAUUCAUUGGAAGAAAUUUAAGUCAUGCUUCAGUUCUCAAGGUAGCUGAUGUAGGGAUAGUUCAUGAUUCUCAGGGUAGAAUAAUGCACAGAGAGAGUUCUGGUAUAUCUAUCAAAUGUUUCAGUGCAUUGAAACCAAUUGUGAGGGCUGGCAGAAGUAAAUAUCUUAAUAUUCAGAAGUUCAUUCAACUUCAGCUUACAUUCAACAUCUCAGGGUUACUCAUAUCCUUCAUGACAACCGUAUCCACUGGAAAUUCACCCCUAACAGCAAUUCAAUUGAUUUGGGUGAAUGUGCUAAUGUGCCUUCUAGGUUGCAUCAUGAUGGUAAUGGAGUUAAGCAGUGAGGAACAACUUGCAAAUCCACCAUCUAAUAGGAAUCAACCAAUCAUAACCAUUGAUAUAUGGAAAAACAUAGUCAUUCAAGUCUUUUAUCAAGCAUUUGCAUGCAUGGUACUUGAAUUUGGAGGACAUGUUAGUGACUGGGAAAAGAGAGUGAGGACAACCAUGAUCUUCAACACAUUCCUACUGUGCCAAAUCUUCAAUCAGCUCAACAUCAUGGGUUUGUUGAAAAGGGAAAUUCUCAAGAUUGUUGUUCUUCAGAGAUACUUUUUUUUAUUCUUGGUGGGCUUAGGUGGUUGUUUCCUUGUGCAAGUGUUGGUGAUUGAGUAUGCAAAAGGCCUAGCAGAUGGCAUGGGCUUGAAUGCUACUCAAUGGGCUAUAUGUAUCCUGGUUGGUGCUCUUUCAUGGGUAAUUCAAUGGGCUUUGAGGAAUCUUCCAGAUUUUCUUAGAACUUAUUGUACUUCAGCAUCAAAUACUCCAGAGUCCAUUACCCAACCAUCAUGGUUCUAUUUUUUUCAUUUGCGAUUCUCCUUUUGGUCUGUGUAGUGGCAGGUUAACUUGACACGCGCAUGUAGUAGGGACUCGAAUCCUUUUUUUUAUGAUGACACGGUGCAGGGACUCGAAUCCAUGUUAUGAAUGAAGUAUCCCAAAAAUUUAAACUAAACAGUGACGACAUAUUAAUGAUUUUACAUUGUAGUUUUAAAUGUAACAAUACUAAUAGUAGUAAUAAUAAUCAUAAGACCUUUGGUUAAGGUUUUUUCCUCUUAAUUAUCCUAAUUUUUCAUUUAACCAUUUAUUCUUAUUUAUGAUAUUAUUGAGGGUUCAAACUUCAAA